UGUGCCGUGAUAUCGUUGACUUCAGCCUCUCUUGCUGCACUGAGAAACACAAUGGAGUUUGCCAGAGGAAGGUUUUUUGUGUGGUUUGUUGUUGGGCUUGUUUGUCUUCCCUUGGCCAAGACUCAAGAAUUUCCCGAGCAACUUUUCAGAGAAUCCGCUCCAGGGACUCAACAGCAAAGUGCUCUGUUUGCUUUUUAUAACACAAAUAAAGCUGAAACUCUGCCAAGGAGGAAGAGGGAAGGAAGCCAGGGAAAAGAGAAGCGAUGGUGUGAGGAAUGCCUUUUACAGAAGUGCCUGAGUGAGGAAAGGAUUGUGUGGACAAAGGAGCACUGAGAGCCACCAGGACAGCUGGCCAGUCCAUCCCAGGGAGCCUCAGCAUCCCCACUUCCACAGGCAUACAGUGAAGGACAAGCUCUGGAUCCCUUCCAAACUUUCCCCUUAAGAACUUGCCUGUAGGUUCAGAGAUGAAGACACUGCAGAGAAAUAUGAGUGUAUUCCAGCAAACGAAAAUUCUCUUGUGGAAAAACGUCCUUCUCAAGUGGAGGAUGAAGAUGCAGAGCUUUCAGGAGUGGAUGCUGUCCCUGCUCUUCCUGCCCAUGCUGUUCAUCGUGUCCCAUUUCAUGGGGCACAUGCAGUACCCCGAGGUGCCCUUCAGCCACCUCGGGCACUUGGAUGAUCCUGCCUAUAACACCACCGGGGUCACCGUGGCUUUCACACCCACCACUGCCACCACCAGGCAGAUCAUGAAUAAAGUGGCCUCCAGCUCUGUCAUGAGGGGUAUAAAACUGGAGGCACUGGACAAUGAGAACGCCCUGGAAAAAGCCUGGAUUUCAAAUAAUGAAAUUAUAGGGGUUGUAUUUAAGGACAAUUUCUCCUAUCACCUCAGGUUUCCUACUGCAAAUGUGAUUCUUCCCAACGAAAUCUUUGGACACAUAGACAGCUGUUAUAAUUUCUCAUCAAUGCACUGUGACAGCCCAAAGUACUGGUACAAAGGCUUCCUGUCCCUGCAGUCCAGCAUUGAUGCUGCUAUCAUAGAGGUGGUGGCAAACCAUUCUGUUUGGGAAGAAAUGAAUUCAAUUGCUGGAGUCCGGAUGAAGUCCCGGAGCACCAUCGUCUCGAUCACACUCGACUACGGUUAUUUCAUGAUCACCAUCGUGAUGUGCUUCUUUCCCUUCAUGUAUUUCUUAUCAAUGAACGUCACAAGAGAAAAGAAGAAGCUCAAGGUACUGAUGAAGACGAUGGGGCUGCAGGAUAUUGCAUUUUGGCUCUCCUGGAGUUUGCUGUAUUUCCUCUAUGUGUUGAUCUUCUCCUGCCUGCUGACAGCUCUCGUGCUGAGGGAUCCAUUCUACAUCAGCAGCUUCCCUGCGGUCUUGCUGCUGUUUUUCCUCUAUGGCCUGGCAUGUAUCCACCUGGUUUUCCUCCUCUGCUCCCUCUUAAGGACCUCCAAACUUGUCAGCUCUGUGGGGUUCCUCAUCACCUUUAUCUUUGGAUGCCUGAGCCUGGCGGUGCUGGUAGAAAACGUUCCUGAACCACUGAAGUGGUUUCUCGGUCUCUGCUGUCCUUUCGCGUUUAACGCGGGCGUUGCCAAGAUUUUCUAUUUGGAAAAAUAUGGAAUGGGUUUCUCUUUUUCCAACCUUAUGGAGGAAGCAUACUUUUUAUUUUCAACUUACAUUAUGCUGGUCUUUGACUCAAUCUUGUACAUGCUGUUGGCUCUGUAUUUCGACAAAGUUCUGCCAGGCAAAUAUGGCAUUCCAGACCCUCCUCUCUUCUGCCUGAAACCCUCCUACUGGAUGAGGAGCAGGAGAGGCUCCACCAGGGACAUUCCCAGACCCACAGCCAACCCUGAGGAGCUCCUUGGUGACGACGUAGAGCCGGUGCCCCCCGAAUUCCGGGGGAAGGAGGCCAUCAGACUCCACAAUAUUAAAAAAGCAUAUAAAAAGAAGGACAAGAAGACAGAAGCUUUAAGAGGUUUGUCUUUAAAUAUUUAUGAGGGGCAGAUCACUGCCUUACUUGGCCACAGUGGGGCUGGAAAAACAACCCUGUUAAAUGUGCUCAGUGGGCUCACCUUCCCCUCAGAAGGCUCUGCCACCAUAUACAACUACAAACUCUCCGAAAUAGGAGACAGGAAGGAGAUCAGAGAGAUGAUUGGCAUCUGCCCCCAGUUCAACACACAGUUUGAGGUCUUGACGGUGAAGGAAAACUUGAGAACUUUUGCAGAAAUCAAGGGCAUCAAGUCCAAGGAGGUGGAGAGAGAGGUGCAAAACAUUUUGGAACUGCUGGAUAUCAGUAACAUUCAAGACACUCAAGCUGAGAAACUGAGUGGUGGGCAGAAAAGGAAGUUAUCCAUUGGAAUAGCCAUGCUUGGAAACCCCCAGGUCUUGUUCCUGGAUGAGCCAACAGCUGGGUUGGAUCCUCUCUCCAGGCACCAGGUGUGGAGCCUCCUGAGGGAGCACCGGGCAGGACGGGCGAUCCUGUUCAGCACCCAGUUCAUGGACGAGGCCGAUAUCCUGGCAGACCGCAAGGCUUUUAUCUCGCACGGGCGGCUGAAGUGUGUCGGUUCCUCGCUGUUCCUGAAGAAAAAGUGGGGGAUUUGUUAUCAUUUAAGGAUCCACGUCAGUGAGUCCUGUGACUUGGAGAAUGUGACAUCCCGGGUUAAGAGGUACAUCCCCAAUGCCACGUUCUCAGGACACAGUCAGUAUGAGCUGAGAUAUAAACUGCCACUGGAAAACGUGAAUAAAUUCCCAGAUCUGUUCAGUGGCCUUGACAGCUGCUCUGAGCAGGGAAUUAUCAAUUAUGGAGUCAGCAUGACGACCCUGGAGGAUGUCUUCCUGAAACUGGAGGAAGAAGACACGGCGGACCAAGAAGAUGAGCACGUCCUCGGGGACGAGCGGGCAGAGGCAGGACCGCGAGGCUCCGACGAGGCCAAGCCAGGCUCCCUCCUGCUCUCGGAUGCUGGGAAGGUGACAGUGGAUGGCCUGGCUCUCUGGAGGCAGCAGGUCUCUGCCAUGGCAUGGGUGCACUUCUUAAAGCUCAAGAGUUCGGUGAAAAACCUGCGGUCAAUUUUGCUGCUCUAUGUGGUUUUUCUGCUUCCUCUGGUUUUGCAACUGUCCCUGGUUGCUGCCUGGCAGAGUGUGAGUGUCUGGGAGCUCUCGUCUGCACGGUACUUCCUGCCCCUGGGGAAGAAAUCCUACCUGGAGACGACCACCCUCCUGGUCCACAACAACACAGGCACAGGCAUUGACAGCUUCAUCCACGUGCUCCAGAGCCAAGAUCUUACAGUGGAAAUAACCAAUGAGGAAAAUAUCACAGAGGAACUAAAACACAACGGGGCUAUAGAGGUGUCUCGCGAAGGUCAGAGCUACAGGUUCACCGUGCUGUGCCACUUGGAGGCCGUGAACUGCUUCCCUGUGCUCGUGAACGUCAUCAGCAACGCCCUGCUGAGGACCCUCAACUCCACCGGGCACAUCCGGGUCUGGAGCCACCCCUUUUUCUCUAUCUACAAUCCACGAUACUGGGACUAUUUUAUUUCCUUUUACCUCAUUUAUAUGCUGUUGUUAUUCCCCGGGUUUCCUCCUCACUUUGCAAUGGGCUACAUGCAGGACUACAAGGUGGGAGCUCGUGCCCAGCUGAGGAUCUCGGGGCUCUUCCCCUCGGCCUACUGGUGUGGCCAGGCACUGGUGGACAUCCCACUGUGCUGGAUCCUGCUCUUCUCCAUGUUUGGGCUCCAGUUCGCAAUGAGCACCAGGACUACUGGGACCAUUAGCAUCUUCUUACUGGUCGUAGGGACGUUGGGUUAUGGAAUUUCUAUCGUUCUCUUAAUCUACUUGAUCUCCUUCACCUCUCGCAAAGGAUGGAACUGUGACCUUUGGUCUUUUAUCCUGAUAGUGGUGUGCUUUAUCUCUUUUGUAAUCAGCAGAAUCAUGGAUUUUACAACGGACUCUCGGAACUCCCUCUACAUUAUGUCUCUUUUGAUUCCCGUGUACCCACCGAUGGGUUUUGUGGUCCAUCAGCUUUUUAAGGACUACUUUGACACGACUUCUGGCAAUGAUGCACUAGUCUCUGUCUUUGCACCCUAUGUCCAUUCUGUGGCUUUUUUUUUUCUCCUUCGCUAUUUGGAGUUAAAAUAUGGAAGAGCAGUUCUGAGAGAGGACCCAGUAUUUAGGAUUACCCCAAGAAGAGAAAGCAGCCACCAGCACCCCAAGGAGCUGGAAGAGGAAGAUGAAGAUGUUAAAGCUGAAAGAGAAGCAGUGAAAAAUGCCAUAGCAGCUCCAAGCCAGGAGGAGAAAUCAGUCAUUAUAGUCAGCAAUCUGUGCAAGGAAUACAAAAUAAAGAAAGCUGGUUCUGUUUUUAAGAAGAAGAAGAAAGCAGCCACCAAGAAUGUUUCUUUCCGUGUUAAAAAAGGAGAAGUAUUAGGACUUCUGGGGCCCAACGGAGCUGGUAAAAGCACAGCUAUCAAAAUGAUUACUGGAGAGACAACCCUGACUGCUGGGCAGGUGCUGAUGAAGAGGGGAGAUGGAGGAGCAGCCCCCCAGGACCACGGGCCCGCCUUCCUGGGCUACUGCCCCCAGGAGAACCCGCUCUGGCCGGACCUCACCGUGCACGAGCACCUGCGGGUGUACGCGGCCGUGAAGGGGCUGCGCAAGGGGGACACGGCGGCCGCCGUCACCAGAAUAGUGAAUGCUCUGCAGCUUCAAGACUACUUAAAAAAAAAAGCCAGAAAAUUAUCUGCUGGGAUAACCAGAAAGCUGUGUGUGGCCAUGUGUAUGCUGGGCAACCCCUCCGUCCUGCUCCUGGAUGAGCCCUCCACAGGCAUGGACCCCAACGGGCAGCGCCGUGUCUGGAAGACGAUCCGUGAUGCCCUGAAAACCAAGGAGUCGGGAGCCAUCCUGACCACGCACUACAUGGAGGAGGCAGAGGCCGUGUGUGACCGUGUGGCCAUCCUGGUGUCUGGGCAGCUGAGGUGCAUUGGCUCCAUUCAGUACCUGAAGAACAAAUUUGGCAAAGGAUACCUGCUGGAAAUCAAGGUCAAGGAUCCAGAGCACACAGACCUUCUCCACGCUGAGAUUUUGAAGAUUUUCCCAAGUGCAGCCCGCCAGGAGCGGUUCCCCUCUUUGCUUGUCUACAAGGUCCCAAUGGAAGAUGCACUGCCCCUGUCUCAGUCUUUCUCCAAGCUGGAGGAAGCCAAACGAAGCUGCAACCUCGAGGAGUACAGCUUCUCCUUGAAUACUUUGACUCAGGUGUUUUUGGAACUCUCCCGAGAGCAGGAAAAGGAUAAUUUUGAUCUGACUUUGGACGGGACUUUCGAGUGGAAACAGCUUCAGCAGGAGGAGUGUUGAAGGCCCAGGAUGCUCAUUUAUGCAUUACUCAGUAUUAACCAAAUGCACAUAUUUACUGCCACUAUCAGUGUAUCACAGAGAGGGGGAACAGGCUCUGCCUUUCCAGUGACCAGCAGCUGAGGGCUCCUCUCCACAGCAGAAGACAUUCCACCUGGACUCUGCAGGCGUCUAAGCCCUAUCCCAAGCUGCACUUCCAAAGGGUGGUUGAUGAAAUAGUGCCUGACUGGUGAGAGCUCUUGUCAAGCAGAGCAGGGUGCAGCCCAGGGACUGAAGGUUUGCAGAAAGAAGGGUCAUAACCCGUCUCUGGGGAUGGAGUCUCUCUGGAUCUGGGGGCAUCAGGGAACCCCGACACGCAGCUGACCUUCUGGGCUCCUCCCCCACCAGUGUCUGGGACUAUCUGCCUAUGACUUGUUCAAAUACAUCUUAUUGAAAUUUGCACUCUAUUUUUAUACCCUUCCAAUAAAUGUCUCUAUAGAAACUGCA